UUCGCCGGAUCUGCUCUCCUUCGGCUUCCCCCCUCACUUCCGGCUCUGAAAUGGAGUGCCGCCACUACCUCCGCCACGAGCGCCACCACCAGCACCGCCACCUGCGCCACCGUUAGGAUAGAGUUUGAGACGGAGCGGAGUCCGGUGAGUCCAUUUCUUAAGUCGCAAGCGAGACACGAGCCUGCACUCAUGAGGGACGACGCCUCCUGGUUCGCCCACUGGGAGGAGGAGCUUCCCUCCCCGGACGAGCUCAUGCCCCUGUCCCAAACCCUAAUCACUCCCGACCUCGCCGCCGCCUUCGACAUCUCUUCCUCCGCCACCACGACCGCGACGACCACCACCACCUCCCCGCCGCCGCCACAGCCGCUUCCGGUGUCGGCUCCUUCGCCCCAGCCGGGGGACGACUUCGACUCGUCGGGUGGAGCCGACGAGCCCGCUCGCACUCUGAAGCGACCGCGCCUCGUGUGGACUCCCCAGCUGCACAAGAGAUUCGUCGACGCCGUCGGCCAUUUGGGCAUCAAGAACGCCGUGCCGAAGACCAUCAUGCAGCUGAUGAACGUCGACGGCCUCACCAGGGAGAACGUCGCCAGCCAUCUCCAAAAGUACCGCCUCUACCUGAAGAGGAUGCAGGGGUUGUCAGGAGGGGACGGCGGAUGCGGAGGCGGCGGCCCACCCGCCGGACCGCCGUCCUCCUGCGAUCACCUCUUCUCCUCUACCCCGAUUCCGCCUCACCACCAUUUUGAGAACCACCACCUUGUCUCCUUCAUGUCUAUGCAGCCGCCUGCCGCCGCCACUGCCCACCAUCACCACUUCAUGGGAGGGCCGCUUCCCCCUCCGCCGCCUCCCCCGUCUGGCGCGUUUCCGGCGGGGUUCGAUCAUAGGUACUUGGCUCGACAUCAGGCUGUACACCGGAUGGUACCACAGGGUGCGGCGGCUGCGAUGAUGAUGGGGAAGGCGAGGGACUUCGGGGGCAUGGUGGACGAAUUGGGCUCGGAUUCGACGGCGACAGGGACGGCCGGGAGAAAAGUUCUGACUUUAUUUCCGACAGGAGAUGACUGAACGAUGUCCGGACGACCAUGAGGUCGUGUUGGUAGCUCGGUUUGUCGAUCCGUAGUGUAAAUUGAGUUCUGGCUUUUCUGGUUUCUUCUUCCUUUUCUUUUCUUCCUCUGAAUCGGAGAAGGGAGGGAGUCGGGUGGUGAUGGUCCGAGAGGAAUUCUAUUGGAGAUUGAAUUCUGAGAAUUGGGAAUUGAUGAUUGAUAGCAAAUUAAGUUGGGUUUUUCCAUUUGGACAUCAGGGGAUUGAUGAACAAAGCUGACAGCAUUUGGUUUUCUGUUUGGGAAAUUGGAAGUUGAUGGUCAGGGUGAAAGUGAGUCGGACUCCGAUUCAUGAUUUUUUUUUCCCUCUUAUUACUGUUGUUGUUGUUGUUGUUGAUAGUGUCGUCUAUCCCUGUGUGGGUGGCCUUGAAAGAAAUCAGUUGUUCUUAAUCUUUCUCAGAUUAGCUCA